UCAGAAGCCGUCAAGGCCAGGGCGAAGUGAACUACUUCAGCGCCGAACCUUGGUAUCACUGGCUGACUGAUUGUCCGAGAGGGGACUUUUGCAUGAAACACUCUCACAACAGCGCCAUAUUUUCGUUGCGAUCACCACGCCAUCGAAUCAGCCAGAGCACCUCGGGGAGGACGGGGGGCAGCCUCGAUGCGGCCCACCCGCGCCGGCUGAAAUUAUGGCGCGGAGGAACAUUCUGUUGUGCUUCGAUGCAUUUGGGACCCUGUUUAAGCCCAAGCGCCCCAUCCAGGAGCAGUACGCCAGCGUGGCCCGGCAGUGCGGGCUCGACGGCUUCAGCGCCGAGCAGGUCCAGGCCUCCUUCAAAGCCGCCUUCUCCGGAGAGUCCAAGGCUCAUCCCAACUAUGGCAAGGACAGCGGCAUGGGCGCGGAGAAGUGGUGGACGAACGUCAUUCACCAGACCUUCCGACCACUCAUCGGUCCGGACAAGAAGCUGCCCGAGGACCUGGCUCCAAGACUGCUCCAUCGUUUUUCAUCCGACGAAGGCUAUGCCCCGGCGCCGGGCGUGGUCUCGUUGCUCCGAUCCCUCAAGCAGCAGCAGCAGCAGCAGGGCCGGAACCGGAUCACCGUGGGCGUCAUCACCAACUCCGACGACAGAGUCCCCAGCAUCCUGUCGUCUCUCGGCCUCCGCGUCAGCCCCCUCCGUUAUGGUUAUGGCGCCAGCACGGACCUGGACCUGGCCAGAGCAUCCGGCCACGCGUACGACAUCGAUCUGCACUGCAUGUCGUACGACGUCGGCUUUGCCAAACCGGACCGCCGCAUCUUCGACGCCGCCGAGCACAUGGCAAACCAGCUGCUGGCAAUGCAGCAGCAGCGAGGAGCUGAGACCGGGAGCAGCGGAUCGGCGAAGGGGGAUUCGCCCUGGCUGAAGCUGUACGUUGGCGAUGACUUUGAAAAGGACGUCGUAGGAGCCCAGGGCGCCGGGUGGAACGCGGUCUUUGUCAGCCCGGAAGAACACUCCGUUUCGGACCAGAAGAAGGACAUGUCGGAUUUGGAACAGCUGGAGGGCAAGACGUUGGAGGACGUGUUCCCCCAGGACGGGCCAUCUCCAACUCUGAUCCGGGCAGAGCGCACUCAGAGCUUUCUCGCGUGGCUCAUGAAGCGGUGCGCGGAGGGGGAUCAGUAACUAGCGCACGAACCCAGCUCCACUAAGGAAUCAGUGGUCAAGAGUCUAUGCCGGGAGAGGAGUGAGCAGUUUG